UUUUCUGGUUCUGUGUAGCCUGACUAGGAAAGCAAUUAUAAUUAAGUGAAUUGUAGUCUGAAUUGAAUACGUAUUUUCUCUAAAGGGAUCAUAUUGAGUUUGAAUAAUAAAUUAAGUUUUAUCUAUUUUCAUUUCGUUGAUUUCUAGUGAGGACUUUCCACCAUAUCUAGUAAAAGUUCAUCAAGCUCCAAGACAAUUGGUGCUUGAAAGCUCGAAAAACGAGGUUUUUAACCAUCAUAAUCUUACGUUCCUUUGCCAAAUAUCAUAUUUUGUCCAGCAUUUAUAUCGUCCAAAGGGGCGCUACUAUUUUAUAUGACUUUGGUAAAUUCAUCAGAGACAUUACUAAACAAAAGCAUUGUUGGGAGUUUAGGGCCCGAACUAGCGAGGUGUAUGACUUCGCAGAGACGAGAGCCCACCUGUUAUAGUGAAUGGUUAAAUAGUUGGCAGCGUUCAUGAUCCAUCGGUUACCUACCUAGCUUAAUUGAUGUGUUCUAUUCCAGGACUACAAAAUUCUCAUCCAAUAGGCAUCGGAAACUUCAACCCUUCAGAGAAACGUGACUGACGUCUUCAAGAACGCCUACAAACAAUACCAACAUAACACGAUUUCUUCAAAAGCAGCCGUCUACCACCAGCUGGCAACAUUUCUCCCCUAGCCGAAAGGAAUAAUAGCGCUUCCUCCUCCUCAUUCAACGUCAACAGUCUCGCCAAACCGCCCAAUCAUGAGCGUGAACGUUAAUCGUAACGUCAGCGAUGUCUUUUACCGUUACAAGAUGCCCAGGCUCACGGCCAAAGUCGAGGGCAAGGGUAACGGCAUCAAGACCGUCAUUGUCAACAUGACCGACAUCGCAAAGGCCCUUGGCCGGCCGCCCACCUAUCCGACCAAGUAUUUCGGCUGCGAACUCGGCGCCCAGACGCUCUUUGACUUCAAGAACGAGCGUUACAUCGUCAACGGAUCCCAUGACGCCAACAAACUCCAGGACCUUCUGGAUGGUUUCAUCAGGAAAUUCGUUCUUUGCCCAGAAUGUGAUAACCCGGAGACUGACCUCUUGGUCUCUACCAAACGCAACACCAUCUCACAGGGUUGCAAGGCCUGCGGCUACCAUGGCCAAAUUGAGUCCAAUCACAAGCUGGUCACUUACAUACUGAAGAAUCCACCCACACUGAAUCCUGCGAUGCAGGGUUCUUCGCUCACUGAAGGAAAACGUUCCAAACGUAGCAAGAAGAACGGAGACACAAACACUAAUGGCGAAUGUCAAGAUGAUCAAGAUAUGGUAGAUGCCCCCCCACCAGACUCUACUAUCAAGAAUGGAUCUGGUGAUGAUGAUGAAACGGAGUGGACGGUGGACGUGUCUGAGGAAGCCGUUAGAGCCAGGAUGCAAGACUUGACAGAUGGCGCUAAGAACAUGACCAUCAGCGAUGACCUUGAGAAAACUGAAAAGGAGCGAAUCGACAUUUUGUACAGUUUGGUGAAGACCAAACGCGAUUCCAAUCAAUUGGAAGACCUAGCGGUGCAAAAAGAGAUCGCCAACGAGGCGGAACGUCUUGAAGUUAAAACGAAGGCGCCUUUAUUACUGUGCGAGCUGCUUUUCGAUCAAAACAUCCUCAGCCAAACUAAGAAGUAUCGCAAGUUGAUUCUACGCUUCACAUUAAAUGACAAGAAGGCCCAACGUUACCUAAUGGGAGGUAUCGAACAAGUUAUUGCCUUGCAUAAGGACCAGCUCAUGGCGAAAGUGCCAAAUAUCUUGAAGGUGCUUUACGAUUUGGACAUAUUGAGCGAGUCUGCCAUCAUUGAAUGGAGUGAAAAGGUAUCGAAAAAAUAUAUUUCGAAAGAAAUUAGCCAAGAGAUCCACGACAAGGCAGCUCCUUUCGUCAAGUGGCUCAAGGAAGCAGAAGAAGAAGAAAGUGACAGUGAAGAGUCUGAGAGCGAUGUUGAAAUUGAGUAUAACGACAGAGCUCAAAUCUCGCCUCUGAAACAGAAAGUCCAAGAGGCUCCAGCCAAGAAGAUCCAGGAAGAAGAUGAUGUGGCAGAUGUUGAUAUAGAUGCUAUUUAAGUCACUUCCAAUAAAAAAAUGGGAUACUGUACCAAUUUCAAGUUAUAUUAGAGGUUGAUCCAGAGACAUUAUUUGACAUCGCUUUAAUUCUUCACCUUUCGAAUUCAAUUGAUGGCACGUUUUGUUGAUGAAAUUCUUUAGUUUAUACAUAUUUGAAUUUCAGUUAAUUAUUGGCUUCAUCGUUUUGCUUUAUUCUGUAGUUUUCUGAAGGGUUGGUGCAGUAUUUUGCAGAUAUAAAGAUGUGUGAAUUCCAAACAAAAAAAUCGAAAAAUCAAAUAAAAACAGAAUUGAUGUGCAAAUAACCUAUAGCAAAAGUUGAUGUAUUUGGUGACAUUGAUUCUUCAAUGUCUUCUCUGUACUUUUUAAUUUUUAUCAAUUCACACAGCUUUAUCAGGAUCACUUAACAGUGUCCUUAUUGUUUUUAUUUGUUAUAAUUUCCUCAUUCAAUUUACUUCAGAUACUUUCUGAUUCUCUAUUGGUACAUUUGGUAAAUAAUCUGAAGAAAAUUCAUAGAUUGAUAAUUCUGGCUAUUUGAUUACCAUAAAAUAGUUUUUAAAUUAUGAAGAUGUUAUAAUAAAGGAAUUAUAUUUACUUAUGGUUAGAUAGGUUUCAUAUUUUACCAUGUCCCAUUUUAAAAUAAAAUGUAUAUGUGGGUUUCAAUUGAUUAUUGUUUCAAUGUCAAUAAAAAGCAUUCUAAAAAGUUA